AAUCUCAGGCGGGCUGUGGCCGGAAGUGUCCACCCGUCACGUCAGCCCGGCAUGGAGGGUCCGGGCUUCAGCGCACCGUGCCCGGUACAAUUGCAGCGUGCCCGAUGGGAGCGGAAACGCGUUUGCACGGCGCGAGAGUUGCUGGAGACCGAGCGGCGCUACCAAGAACAGCUGGGGCUUGUGGCCACGUACUUCGUGGGGAUCCUGAGAGCCAAGGGCACUCUGCGACCACCAGAGCGCCAGGCUCUGUUUGGGCCCUGGGAACUCAUUUAUGGUGCCAGUCAUUGGUUGCUUCCCUACCUCGAAGGAGGGCACUGGGGGCAGGGCCUGGAAGGCUUCUGCCCACACCUGGAGCUCUACAUCCAAUUUGCUGCCAAUGCAGAGAGGUCCCGAACCACCCUGCAGGAGCAACUAAAGAAAAACAAACGUUUCCGGAGGUUUGUGCGGCUUCAGGAAAGCCGCCCUGAGUUUGGGGGACUUCAGCUUCAGGAUCUGCUCCCUCUGCCUCUGCAGAGGCUCCAGCAGUAUGAGAAUCUUGUCGUUGCUUUGGCUGAAAACACAGGUCCCAACAGCCCUGACCACCAACAGCUCACACGGGCUGCCCGGCUGAUAAGUGAGACUGCCCAGAGAGUCCACACCAUUGGUCAGAAACACAAGAAUGAUCAGCACCUCCAGCGUGUCCAGGCUCUGCUCAGUGGACGCCAGGCAAAGGGGCUUACCUCAGGUCGCUGGUUCCUAUACCAGGGCUGGCUGUUGGUGGUGGCUCCCCAUGGGGUGCCUCGGCCACGAAUGUUCUUCCUCUUCUCUGAUGUGCUCCUCAUGACCAAACCUCGACCCCCACUGCACCUGUUGCAGAGUGGCACCUUUGCUUGCCAGGCCCUUUAUCCCAUGGCCCAGUGUGAACUCCACAGGGUCUUUGGCCACUCAGGAGGCCCUUGUGGUGGACUGCUCAGCCUGUCCUUUCCCCAUGAGAAGCUACUGCUUAUGUCCACAGACCAGGAGGAGUUUUUGCGUUGGUGCCACAAUCUGACUCUGGCCAUUAGCAGCCAGAAGAACUAGAGAAAUCUUACAAAUUCCAGAACCCAGGAUAAUUCAGGAAUAGGUCAGAGUCAAGGAGUACAAAGAAAUUUUCAAUACUAAACAAAACACAGAACCCUUCACAGUCUGAGAAGGGUCUUUUUGGGUUUGCCUGGGAUGAUGUCACACUGGGUCAUUUAAUCUUUUAAGAAUCAGGAAACCAAGUGGAACGUCUGCUGAACCAGCCCCUCCAACACGGAUGUGGGGAUUUGGGACUGAUAAGCUCGGUGCUGUGUCUAUGGCCAGUCCUUUACCAAGGCUGCAACUUCGUAAACAUGGAUAUUUUUAUGUUGUAUGUAGUUUCUAUAAUUUAUUUUCCCUCUGGACUUGAAUAAAGGUGUUUUUUUUUUGGAAAGGUC